AACACGCCUCUGGUCGCGCUCCACCGCACAAUUGCCUGUCCACGCCGCCGGCGCACGAUGCGCAGUGCCUCCCCGCGACUCUCCCAUGGCUGACGAAGACAGCCUCGCCGCCCUCCAGGGCCUGCACCGCGACCUCUGCGCCCACAUCGACCUGCAGCUGCCCGUGCUCGAGCGGCUGGUGCUGAACCUGGAGGCGCAUCUGGAGGAGUUCAAGACGCUGCUGGACAAGAAGCCCAAGAGCGAUGCAAGCAGGCGGCUGCUGUCGGCCGGCAAGAUCACCAUCGACGACAAUGAGUACGAGGUCAACGACGACUUCAAGCAGCAGACGCUUGAGCUGGCCGACGCGCUGGACCUGGACGAAGUCGAUGCCGCCGCGCUCUUCAUGGGCGCUGCGACCGAGGCGCAGGAGCUGGACCGCACGCAGCUACAGACGGCCGUCAUUCGCUUCCACCGCCGCCGCGAGUACAUUCUCCUCUGCCUGCGCAUUCUGACCAAGACCACACUGGACAACGGAGAUGGCGGAGAGACGGAGAUUGAAGGUCUGUCCACGCUGCAGAAAGCCGUGCAGAUCAUACUGGGCGUGGACGGUGGAGCGAACCUGGUCAAUGCGUAUGGAUACUGGAACAAGUGCUUGACGGGCAUGUCCAACGUCGAGAAGUGGCUGCAGCAGAUCAUGGAACGCGUCCAGAGCACCCAAGUGGUUGGACAGGUGCCCCUGCCAGGCUUUGUUGAGAUCAUGGACUUCCAGCGUCAGAGCCUGACGAGACAGCAUGAGAAUCUAUCUGCCAUCUGCACGCACAUGAUCAAGGCUGGCUAUGUGAACGUCGACAACUAUAAGGCGCUGCUGGCCAAGGCAAAGACUCUCGAACGCCACGACAUCAUUACGAUACACUACGUGCCCAUGAUCAUCCGAUUGACGGGCUGGACUGCCAUCGAAAGUAAUGUUAUGCUGCGGGACGCGCGCGCCCUCCACGACUCACUGAUGGCCGAACUCGACAGCCCCAGCUGGGCACUGAGGAACCUCCAUGCGGCGACCUUGGCAUGGUGGUUAGCCGAGUACAGUGGCCGCUACGUGGACCCCAACGACCGUGACCCUGCCAUACGGGGUGUCGAUCUCAAGGCUGAGGCCGAGACUCGCUCCGACCAAUUCAUUCGAACUCUUAACGAUGGUGCCUUCCACUUCAUGCUGUCUGUCAGUCAGGAUGUGCGGCCAACUAGAUGGUACGACCCACAGAAGACAAGUAUGCUAUCGACGCUCCUGCAGGACACCGCUAUGCUCAGUUCUGAGACCACACAGCCUGAGGAGUUUUUCAAGGUACUCCUGAUGGAACAACUGCAAACAUUCGUCGACUCCUUCAUUACGCAUAUGCCAGAUACGCUGCGAAAGCUGAAAGUCGAGGAGGAUGACCAACGGAGACGGCUCCAACUGCAGUUCCAGCGGUCGACCGGGGAGUACCCAUUGCAUCUAGAGAGAUUUAUGGUCAUCGUAGCAUACGCCUUCGACGGUUUCCCCGAUGCGGCCGGUGACUUUUGGAACGACAAGGAAAGCAAUCUCUACGGAUUCCUGCAAUGGGCAGCCAAGAGACAGCCAACUCCUCGUAUUGCCAUGUUCUGCGAAAUGCUGCGGGCAAUCUCGACCGACCAGGAGAACGCAGAUUGUGCACACAAAUUCCUGCUUGAAGAGGGUGCUUCGGCAUCUGGAAAGAUACGACGCACGAGUUCUUUGAGUUAUACACACAUCUUCAACGAGCUCGUGGAGUUUGACCGUGAUAUCCACGAGCCGAAGAAGGCGACCCAGGUCGGUAUAUUUGCACAAUCGCAAACGCCAGCCGACCAGAUUGUCGAACCUGAAAGUGCAACCAUGCUAGAAAGCUAUCUGCGUCUUCUAGCUCAUCUUUGCAGAAACAGUUUUGCUGCGCGCCAAUGGAUCCUUGACUUGAAAGAGUACAACUAUCUGGGUAUCUGCUUCGGCUUAUGCACAGACAAAGUCGAGAGUGGGUUAAGGGCAGCGGCAUACGAUGCGCUAUCAGCUUUGUUGGUGGGCAAAGAUGUCCACCGCGCCAGUGUCAUCUGGAACACUCUAGACGACUGGACAGUUAGUGGCUUCUACGUCGCCUCAAAACCAAGCAAUGCCCUCGUAUCGACACCACGAGAGGACUUCUGGCCCACCUUAGCUGAUGGGUACGAUGAGGCAAUUGCUUUCGUGCGACUGCUUCACAGCCUCAUUGAGCCUUAUCCAGAGAGCGAAGGGCUAAAUGACGGCUUGCCGUUUCCUGAAACUCUUGGAUCGUCACGCCGCAUGCCAGGAAUUGAGGGCUAUAUUGACUUCGUUAUGCAACAAGUUUUCGCGGAGCGUUCGCAGGAGGUCCUUGACCCGUUGCAGCGUAACGUCAUGAGGUGCACAUGUUUGCGUUUCAUCGUAACAUGUCUCUCCACCUUCAACGAGAACCUCGUUGUCUUUGCCAACAAGUCCAGCAUACCCGUUGACUCUGUCAUCGACUCUUCUUCUCUCGCUGCAUACAUCGCAAUGCACCCUUACACCCGUGUCAUGGAAUGGAUAUUCAAUGACAAGGUACUCAAAGCUCUUUUUUCAGCUUCACACCAUGAUGUCAGCGAAGUUGACGCUGCUCCAUCAGAUUCGCCUCUCAUACAAACACUCAUGCUGAGUAUCGAAGUCAUGGAUCAGGUCAUGAAGUUGCAGGCCACCUACCUUGAUAUAGUCAGGCCUACACUGAAGCAGCAAUCGUCGACGCAGGGAUCUCCGGUCUCCAAUGUUUCACUUGCGUCUUUUGAAGAUGCAAUUUUGAACAACCUCCAGAUCGUGGUUGACCUCGGCCUGUAUUGUGGUACCGGUCAUGAAGCAUUGACUAUUGCUUCCCUACAACUUUUACAGAAGCUAGCAUCGUCAAGGAAGCUUGCUGUAUCACCAGCUGGUUUCGGACAACGAUCUGGCCGCAGCAAAAUCGUCGGUGUCCUGGAACGAGACAAUGAAGCAGAGAGGAUUGGCCGAUCCUUGCAUGGCUUGAUGCGGUUCAGUGCGGAAGAACUUGAAGCCGGUGAGGAAGCAUCUGGAUACGUCGUCAAGCUUCGAGUGCUUGAAUUCCUGAAUAGCUGCCUUGCGGCAGUGUCCACCAGACCGACGAUCGCCCAUAUCUUGCUUGGCUUCUCGUGUGAAAGCAGCACUGUUCGCAUUGCCGAAGACAGUCUGUGGUCACAGGGCAAGGCCCUGUUCCAUGCUAUCCUCCUUCUAGCGGUCGAGUACCCUGACAACGACGGGGAACAAUUCGUGGCCUGGAGAUCCGAGCUCAAGACCCGCUGCUGGGACGUCCUUCAAAAGCUGUGGCGUUCACCAUUGACCAGUGCGAUCGUCAUGGAUGAGCUGCGAGACAACGAACUCCUGUUCAUCGAGGCACCGCGCCUGACACCAAUCAACGUUGACAUCUCCUGGGAAGGCUUGUCUCUCGUGCAGGGCCUGGAGCUUCUCGCUACUGGCGACUACUCCGAGUUCUUUUCAGGAUCUCCAGCGCUUGCGUUGCAAAGCUUCCUUCAGCGGCGAGCUGCUUUCUUGGACUACGAAUCGCGCGAACUUCGUUUGACUAUCAAGCAGAGCUUACCUUCAAUGAAGUCGAGGAUACAGUCCUUGCUUCUCGGUACCACCGUUCGGCCUGGCGAGGAUCCAACGCCAAACCCUAACAUAUUCGAUCUGUUUGACUUUAUCGAAUUUGUGUACCCAGAACGCACUUUGCCGGAUCAACAUCGGUUCUUCGAAGGCGUCAAUCUUGCCUCAUGUCAGGAGGAGAAGGAUGGGGAUCUGUUGUACUCGUUGCCGUUACUUCAGCAGGUCAUCCUGCUGAAGAUGAAGUUCUGGAAGAAAGAUGGACUCAUCGAAGAUGAGUUCCAAGAAGCAGAGCUAGCGCAAGAAGCCGAGUUGUUGUUAGCCGUCUUCGCUGAUUGGAAUCGUCGAGCUCAGUUGACACGCUACCACAAGGACAUCCUGCAGUCAUGGGUACAAGUCCUCAUGGUGACCGUGCACAGCUGCGAGUUCGAGGAUGGAGCAAGGGCUUCUUUCAUCCUGCAGACACUUCAGGUCAUUCUACCGAAGCUGGAACAAUCGUACAAUGCCGACGUCUUCACUGCUCUGCAGCUUGCUGGCUUAGCCGAAGCACUCAUUCAGAAGGUUGACUUCACAUCGACGGCAUUCGACAAGACGGGUGACUUCUCAAACGACCGUUUGAGCCAGCUCUUCCGCGCAGCCCUUACGGGUGUCUACAGCUCGAUCUCUACGCCCGAGCUACGUGAGUACUGCUACCAGAUUUGUUUCAGGUACAUCAACGGCACAUUCGAGAAGGCAACACUCAACUCUCCGCUGGGUCGCCACACGCUCAAUGCCAUUAAGAAUGGCGGCAGCCACCUUCUCGAGAUCGUUUGUGAUGACGCAUACAGUGGACAAGGGACGUGCAAAAUCUCCGCUCUCCUACUACUGAACGCCCUCGUUGCAGUCGCCACCCGCCAGCAGUCAAAGUACGUACUCGAAACCUUCGUAUCGCUCAACUUCAUGGGCGUCCUCGUCGACAACAUCAAGCACAUCCCCGAGGAACUCCGCGCCGCCGCCGCGCCCCAAGUAUCCAGCCUCCUGUCCUACUACGACGCCAGUCUCGCCCUGCUCCUGCGCAUCUCCCAGUCGCGCCUCGGCGCCGCCUACGUGCUCAACGCCGGCCUAUUCCCUGCCGUCCGCGACUCGCAGAUCUUCGCCGUCGACCCAGACAUCGGGCUCGAGUUCGACAACCCCAACGCCCUCAAGAAGUACUACGAGCUCAUGCUCGCCGUCCUGCGCGUCGUCAACGCAGCCGUCAUCGCAAGGGGCCGCCAGAACGACCAGUCCGUCUUCCAGGCCCGCGAGUUUCUUAAGGAGAACAGACACAGCAUGGUCGCGGUCUUCAAGCGCAGCGUCAAUGUCGGCGGCGGCGAGAAGGUGGAGACACAGCAGGAUCUUGCGGAUCUCGUCGACUGCUGGACGGUUUUGGUCGACGUUACUGGGUUUUUGCAGUAUGAGGAUUCUUCCACGCUGAAGCAGGGGCGCAGUAAUAUGUUUUCGUAGACCGCGCUUUCUAGACUUCGGGGUGGGGACACGAUGAAUGCAAAAAGUUUGAAUCUCAGAGCGCUGUUUUUGCUCUUUGCUGCUGUGGAUGACCCUGUGAAGCUGUUCUGGGGCGCUUUGUGGGUUGUGUGGUUGGUGUGUUGCUUCCCUGUGUCUUGUCCGGUUGUACGCGGCUUACAUUGAGAUCGGCGUACUGGUACGGCUGACCAGUUCCAAUGGCCUUGGCAGUUGUCCUGAGGCGCUGAAAAGGCGUUUGUGAGGAUCAUGAGGCGGCUGUCGUGUUGCUCCUUGUGUCUGGCCCAAUUAUACUCAUUCCAAGAAUCACGUGGGUAACGCUGCUCUUCUCCACGAAUCAACAGGCGUUGUGAAGCUGAGCCUCAAGAUCGAGCCAAUAACAUCUGGUGGCAGAUAACGCGAUUCUCGGACUUGUGGUUACCAUGGGCAUGAGUACGCGGCUCGAUUUGAUGAGCGG